AUGUCGAGCAUCAUCCCAGUGGACCUUCUAUCGUAUGCGACGGAUCCGUCGUACCUGAGCAGUAUCGUCACUACCAAUGCUUCAAAUCCAGAUAUCAUCAACCUCCUCGCAUACGAUGAAAGCUUUGCAUCUGUGAUCGGCGAGAACGCAACAGGGCGACUACUGGAAAGUCUGGAUUGGGACGCUUUCCAUGAGGCUGGUGUCUACAACAAAGACACGAACAAGCUAUACGUGACGAGCAGCUGGGCCGGAGAUCUCAACAACCCCAUCAACGUUACCGUCAUCGAUCUCGCAGACAACUAUUCCAUCAACUCAACGCGGAUACCAGGUGUCGCCGAGGCCAACGGCGCAACAUCGUACUACCCACCCGGCACCCAAACUAACGGCUCAACACCUUCACGAGUACUGUACUGCGACCAGGGUGAUUUCGUCAACCCAGCAGGUCUCGUCUCCGUCGACCCCGUGACUGGUGAAUCCGAACUCAUCCUAUCAAACUUCCUUGGACGAAACUUCACAUCCCCCAACGACGUCCGUCAACACCCCGUAACAGGCGAUCUCUGGUUCACUGACCCAGACUACGCAUAUGUCCAAGGAUUCCGUCCUGAGCCCAGUCUGCCGAAGCAGGUAUACCGGUUCAGUCCAUCCACAGGCCAAAUUGCCGUUGUAGCAGACGACUUCGUUGAACCCAAUGGCCUCGAAUUCAGCCCUGACUACAAAACACUAUACGUAUCCGACACAGGUGCCGCGGGUUACAGUAUAAACGUCACACGACCAGCCACACUCUACGCAUUCGACAUCACGCACGACGCAAAGAGACUAACCGGCCGUCGCACAUUUGCCUACUCCGACAACGGCAUUCCCGACGGUCUGCACACCGAUACCGAGGGUAAUGUUUGGGCUGGAUGUGGAGACGGCAUUCACAUUUGGAACCCUGAAGGCACGCUGAUUGGAAAGAUUUGGGUUGGUAUUACGACGGCGAACUUUGCUUUCUUGCCGGGCGCUGUCAUGGUGUUUAGCAAUAAGCAGCUGUGGAUUGUGGAGAAUAUCAAGGCGAUGGGCAGGGAGGUUGCUAAGGACUUUGGAUUGUCGACUCAUUACUGA